AUGAGGUUAUCUUCUUCCUCUCCAAGUCCUGGAUUUAAUGGUGAGACUGAGGAAGGAGAGAAGAAAUGCUUGAACUCAGAGCUGUGGCAUGCUUGUGCCGGCCCACUCGUUUCACUCCCACAAAUCGGAAGUCGAGUGGUGUAUUUUCCUCAAGGCCACAGCGAGCAGGUUGCUGCUUCUACCAAUAAGGAAGUAGAUUCUACCAUUCCUAACUAUCCCGGUUUACAGCCACAACUUAUUUGCCAGCUUCACAAUGUUACUAUGCAUGCAGAUGUUGAAACGGAUGAAGUGUAUGCUCAGAUGACUUUGCAACCACUUACUCCUCAAGAGCAAAAGGACAUAUGCCUACAACCAUCUGAACUUGGGGCAGCAAGCAAACAGCCAACUAAUUAUUUCUGUAAAACAUUAACUGCUAGUGACACGAGCACUCAUGGAGGAUUUUCAGUCCCUCGACGAGCAGCCGAGAAAGUUUUCCCGCCUCUUGAUUAUUCGCAGACCCCUCCUUGUCGAGAGUUACUUGCAAAGGAUCUUCAUGGAAAUGAAUGGAAGUUUGGGCACAUUUUUCGAGGUCAGCCUAAGAGGCAUCUCCUUACAAUGGGAUGGAGUGUGUUUGUGAGUGCAAAGAGACAUAGACUAGUCGCGGGGGAUUCUGUUAUUUUCAUCUGGAACGAAAACAAUCAGCUUUUCUUGGGGAUACGUCGUGCAAAUCGACCUCAAACAGUUAUGCCUUCAUCAGUGUUAUCGAGCGAUAGCAUGCACAUUGGGCUUCUUGCUGCUGCUGCCCAUGCAGCAGCCACUAAUAGUCGUUUUACUAUUUUCUAUAAUCCAAGGGCGAGCCCAUCUGAGUUUGUGAUACCUUUGGUUAAAUACGCCAAAGCAGUUUAUCAUACAAGAGUUUCCGUGGGUAUGCGUUUUCGGAUGCUAUUUGAGACUGAAGAAUCGAGCGUUCGUAGGUAUAUGGGUACAAUUACUGGCAUUAGUGACUUGGAUCCUGUUCGUUGGUCAAACUCUCACUGGCGCUCAGUAAAGGUUGGUUGGGAUGAAUCGACUGCGGGCGAGAGGCAACCGAGAGUCUCAUUGUGGGAGAUUGAGCCUCUGACAACUUUCCCUAUGUACCCAUCUCCGUUCUCUCUCAGAUUAAAGCGGCCAUGGCCAGCUGGACUCCCCUCAUUCUCUGGCCUUAAAGAUGGUGAUAUGGGCAUGAAUUCUCCACUCUCGUUUCUCCGUGGAGGUUUUGUGGACCAAGGACUUCAAUCCCUUAAUUUCCAAAACAUUGGUGUUUCGCCAUUUAUGCAACCGAGGUUCGACUCGUCUUUCAACUCUGUACAGCCUGAUAAUAUUUACCAUGUAAUGGCAGCUGCAGCUCUUCAGGACACUUCUAGCUCAUUAGAUCCCUCGAAACUCCUACAAUUCCAGCAAAAUAUUCCAAAUAUUCCCACUUCAUUAAUGCUGAGUCAAAUGCUACAACAACAACCCCAGGCCCAUCAAACCUUCCCCCAUAACAUUCCAGAAAACAUCAUUUCUCAGGGUCAGUUUUUACAGCAGCAGCAGCAGUUUCAACUCCACCAGCCGGCGGUUAUCGACCAACAACAGCAAAUUUACCUGGAGUUUCAAGAUAAACAGGUCAAAAAGUCAAAUCCCGAGAGCUCGCCGUUAGAACCGGUCUCUGAGGCUCAGUUCACGAGCCAUCUGCAGAAUUUGUCUGACCUCAUCGGGGCCCACAUACCAUCAUCCUCCAACAAUCCCUCUAUGCACAACCUCAUGAGCUCACACGGUGGGCCCACCUCAUUAGUCUCUCAAUCGUCAUCCUCCAAACGGGUUGCAUUGGACCCACAGAUUCCAAACAAGGCUUCUCAUUUUGGCAUGCCCCAGUUAGAAGAACUCAAGACUCCUAAUUCUAAGGUCUCAGACAUCUCAGCCUUGUUGCCACCUUUUCCAGGUCGUGAAUAUUCAGACUUUCGGGGUCCAAGCAAUUCACAUAGCAAUUUGUUGUUUGGGGUUUGUAAUAACUCUUCAGCUAAUGUGGUAAACGGCAUGUCGAACGGAGGCAAUGAGAGCGAGUCUAUACCGAUACCUUAUGCGGGCCCCGAGUUUGGAGGUGGCGCAGCCGCUGAUUUUCCCCUCAAAUCAGACAUGACCACAUCGAGUUGCGUGGAUGAAUCGGGUUAUUUGCAACCCUCGGAGAAUUUGGACCAAACAAACCCGAACUCAGGAGCCUUUGUUAAGGUUCACAAGUCAGGGUCCUUCGGGCGGUCGCUCGAUAUCUCCAAAUUUAGCAGCUAUCCCGAGCUGAGAAGUGAGCUGGCUCGGAUGUUCGGGCUUGAAGGUUUAUUGGAGGACCCACAGAGAUCAGGCUGGCAGCUUGUAUUCGUUGACCGGGAGAAUGACGUUCUUCUCCUCGGUGAUGACCCUUGGCAGGAAUUUGUGAACAGUGUCUGGUAUAUCAAGAUUCUAUCCCCUAUGGAGGUGCAACAGAUGAGAAAAGAAGGGCUCGACCUCCCGAAUUCCUCUCAAACAAAACCAGUUCUCGAGCAGCAGCAAUAA